CGAAAGUACUCAGAAUAAUUCAUUUUGUUCUAAGUAAGUUUUCAGCGCUAACAUAUCUAAUAUCUGUAUUUUAAAAAAUCCGAAAUUGUUAAGUUUUCAAUUAUAUUUUAUAUUUUUCAGAGAUAAAUGUGUUUAUUAAAUUUAUUCUGACGGUCGCCAAACAAAAUCUAUUCUGGUCCAUUCUCACUUGUGUUUGAGCCAAAAUUAACCAACCCAGUUCUAGAUUGAAUUUAAUAUUUUGCUUUUUUUUUGCCUUGCGACCCCUUCUUGCUAAAACAUUGCCAGCAAACCGUAAUCUUUCAUUGCUUAUUUUCCAUUUUAUUUAUUAUUGUUUCUUGAUCCACUGUUGUUACUUGACUUUUGUUCGCACUAUUUAGAAAUCCCUAAAAUUACCAUUUUUUCUCCUUUAUACAAUUCUUGUUAAAAUCGGAAAUCUUUGUUUCUAUCUUUCGAUUAAGUGAAAUAUCUCGAAGGUGCUUACGAGCUUACUAUUUCAAAUGCCUCGUCAAAAAAGUGAAAUUGCUGCAGAAGAUACGAAGAAACUGUCAUCCAGAAGCUCUGUAAAAAGGCGAAAACAAGUUGACAAAGAAAAUGUAGAAAACACAGUGCCAGAUGAAAUGCUGACUAUGGAGUACUUAGAAUUGAGAGAUACUCCAGUAAGAAGAUCAAAUAGACGCGGAGGACCGCUUUCUGCUGCUUCAUUUUCAACUUCAAAGUCAACCGACAAAAAAUAUAGAACUAAGUCAACAUCAGUCGCUGAAGACAUUACAAGCUCAAAUGAAAUCAUACCACCUCGGACUCCAAGACAAGUGAAGAAAAAAGAGGCCAGAGAGGUUUCCGUCGAUGAAAACAAGGAAAACACUUGGACAAAAAUUGUUUUGCCCAAAUCUGCAACAAAAAAUGAUAAUAAAAAACCGAUUUCAGAGAAUUUGUCACUGAAAGAAAGUAAGACGCAUGUAUUUAUUAAUGAAAGCAAGAGUGAAGAUGUUCGAAGUCCGUUGAGAAGCAAAAGAGGAGCUGUAAAUAUGCCAGUCAUAAUGCCUUUAACGCCUCCUGAAGAAAGUAGUGACCUAAAGGUAAAUUGUCCAGUAAUAAGUGAGGAUUCAGGCUGGCAGAAUGGAUUGAGGAUAAGCGUCCCGGUGACUCCAAGGAACCGCAAAGAACUCCGGAAGUCAGUGAUGGAGUCCAAUAGUUUAACAUGUUCGGCUGUCGGAAGGAAACGAAGGAUUCUUUUCCCUGGAUAUGAAUACUACCAAGAAAUUAAAAGCGCAUUCUGUCCUAAGCAGCAAACCCUCUAUGACGAUCACGUCAAUGUCGACGGCAACAUGCUUGCCUUCGGCGGACAUAAAAACGACUCCUUCUCAGCCAAAGAAGUGAUUCUAGGUCGGGAAGAAGAAAUUGAUCGUCUUCAAUCACUCGUCAAUGAUGUUUUGGAAGGUAAAAGUGCCAGCUUGUAUAUUUCUGGGCCCCCUGGAACCGGCAAAAGUGCAUGUGUUACAGCAGUCCUGCAAGAACUGGUAGCGAGGAGCGGUAAACACGUUGCGAAUAUCAGGAUUGUUAAUUGUGUACGCUGCAGAACCCAGCAAAGUAUUCUCGAAGCACUGCAAUGUAACUCGGAAGGGUUAUUUUUGGACACGAAGCUCAAAAGUAGUUCACAAAAAGGUCAACUACCUUUUAUAGUAGUUUUGGACGAGGUCGACCAAGUCGAACCUCAGCACCAUUCGUUCAUUUACAAAAUGUUUGAGUGGGUCUAUGAGUCACAACUGACAAAAAAUGGCCAUAAACGGAAAUUUUUGUUGAUUGCAAUUGCAAAUGCGCUGGAUUUGACCGAGCGUGUUCUGCCACGCCUGGCUCUUUCGUCGGUAAAACCACAACUGAUGCACUACAAGCCAUACAAUGGAUCCCAGAUUGCGAAAAUCAUUUUAGACAGAAUCAGUAAAGUGGAGAGUGACAAAGCUCGUGGUUCUGGCGACAUUGCUCAUCAGCCUCUUCUGGAGAGAGGUGCGAUAGAACUGUGUGCUCGGAAGGUGGCCUCUUCCACUGGGGACGCGAGGAAGGCUCUGGAACUAUGCAGACAGGCCAUAGAAGUGGUCCAGAAUGAGGCCAUGAAACAGUACACUGCAAUACAGGCUCUAGAUACUCCUCCACAGAGUCCCAGGUUGGACCAAGAGAACAGGCCUCAUCUUCCUCCUCUCUCGGGACAGCAACAGAACUCCUCACAUGCCAGUCGAAUACAUGCAUCUUCACACUCUGCUCCGGCUGUGACGUCACGAGUCACCAUCUCAGUAAUGAACAAAGUCAUCUCAGACGCUAUGACAUCAUGGGCCAGCAGCAAUGGAAGCAGCGUGAUUACAGGUGGGCUUAGUGGAUCAUCGGGUGGUGGGGACCAGAAUGGUGAGCAUCAUCAGCAGGACUCUUGUCCACUCCAUCACAAAGUCAUCAUCACCUCCCUCGCCAGACUCACCAAGCAGUCUUCUGCCGCACAUUUCAAUAUGCACCAGGUGCUGUCCAAGUAUGCGUCAGUGUGUAGUGAGAAAGGCAUUUGUAGUCUGGAACAGUCGCAGCUGCAGAUGGUGAUGAAUCUGUUGGAAGCCAGGGGACUCAUACAACUCAGCUUACCCGCCGCCCGCAACAACGCCGGCGCUGGAGGACACUGCGACUUCAGAAAAAUGAAGGUGUACGUUAAAGGAAACCUGUUUGAGCUGCUUUCAUCUAGAGAGUUGGACGUAUAAGAGCAAAGAGAAACGGUGACUUCAUGACGAGUAAGAAAUUCCAUGAAGCUAUGGAAUAUGAUACGAGGUAUACCGAAACAAACUCGAAUUUAAUUCAAAUUGCUUUCAAAGUAAUGAGACGACUUAACUACAAUCGGAGUUUUGACUGAAAAUGCUGUCUGAUUAGUUUUUGUUUCUUUGUUUUUAUUCUAUCGGAUUAGGUUGUGCAUCUCAAAAGCUGUAUUUAGCUUUUUAUCAUAUGUUUUAGCGUGUAUUAUCGCUUGGCCCAUAUAUCACAUUUUCAAUGUUGGUUUUCCCAGCUCAGC